UAAUACUGUUCUGGAGAAUUCAAAGCAAAACAAAGAAACUGCCUCCUCUGGGGUUGUCAGUGAGAAAGGACGAGUUGUGCAACUGGUUUGGGAUUUGCAAAAAAGCAAGGGGGUGGGGAUCAGAAGAAGGUGCAAAGCCACAAAGUGUGAGUGCGUGUGUGUGUAUGUGUGUGUAAAGGGGGGUGUGUGUGAAAAAUCCCUUCCAGCACCCCUUUCUGCUGGUUAUUAUUGCUGUUGUUGUUCACUUUGCUGUCAUCUAUUUUUCAGACCUUUCUGCAUCUAAGAUGGUGAAGAAAGGAGUGAGGAAGAGAACAAAAUAACUACUGGGAAGUCUCAAACCAGGUUGGGGAGUGUGUGUGUAUGUGGGGGGGGUGGGGUGGGGAAGAGAAAAAGGAAAGAGGAUUAACCACAGCAACCCCCCCAAAAAAAACCAACAGCUCUUUUUUCUGAGGGAGGACUCGAAGGAUUAAAAGGCAGCAACUUCUGAGGCGAUUUGUCCCCUGAGUUAUGGAUGUUGGUGCACUUACUUCAGGUCAGAUCAGAGCUCAGAGGGAUCUAACCAGAAGCAGCAACCACCGGCUCUCCACUUGCCUUUUACCAGGUUUUACCCUUCCAGUAUGUUUCUUUCGAUAAGACAUUUUCCAGCGCCCAGAGUUUCAGUACAAUGUGCAAAUGGAUACUGACAAAUGGUGCCUCAGCCUUUUCCCACCUGCCUUGUUGCUGCUUGCUGCUGCUCUUCUUGGUGUCUUCUGUGCCUGUCACCUGCCAUGACCUCGGCCAGGACAUGCUGUCCCCGGAGGCCACCAACUCUUCUUCAUCAUCCUCCUCCUUCCCCUCGUCCUUCUCCUCUCCUUCCAGUGCGGGGAGACACGUGCGGAGCUACAAUCACCUCCAAGGAGACGUGCGCAAGAGGAAGCUCUACUCUUACAACAAGUACUUUCUCAAGAUCGAGAAGAACGGCAAGGUCAGCGGCACCAAGAAGGAGAACUGCCCCUUCAGCAUAUUGGAGAUAACAUCUGUGGAAAUUGGAGUUGUGGCAGUUAAGUCCAUUAAAAGCAACUAUUAUUUAGCCAUGAACAAAAAAGGAAAAGUCUAUGGCUCCAAAGAGUUUAACAGUGAUUGCAAACUGAAGGAAAGAAUAGAAGAAAAUGGAUAUAACACAUAUGCAUCCUUAAAUUGGAAGCACAAUGGAAGGCAAAUGUUUGUGGCCUUGAAUGGACGGGGAGCCACAAAGAGAGGACAGAAAACAAGAAGGAAAAACACUUCAGCUCACUUUCUUCCAAUGGUAGUAAUGUCAUAGAUGAAGGAACUGUUUUAUCAAUGCAGUUGAACCAAAGGCUCUUUGUCAACAAUAUUUGGUAAUCCUCUUGAAGAAUAAAUGCAAAGAAAUAGUGCAGACAUUAAAUGCAAAGAAAUAGUACAGACAUUUGCUUGUUUGAAAAGAGAGCAGGGGAAGCCUUCGAAGGGUUUUAUACUCAUUACUGGCACAUGAAAUACGUUUAAUUAGUUUGGUGUCAUAUGUUAUAAUCAAGAUACAAGCUGGAGCAAAUGGGAUAAAAGCUGUUGCCAGCGUGAACAAUGUUUCUUUUUUAUCUCUGCGCUAGAACUUAAGGGACGAGAGACAAUAUCUGUUGAAUGAUCUUCGGGGGGAAAGUUAUUUAUGGAAUACUAACUCAUAUCAAAGACCUUAAUUACUCAUUCAAGCCUAAUGAUCCAAUGAACAGUUAGACACGCAAGCAUUUACUGGAAGCACUUGGAUCAUAGGCACAAAUAAAGACGUUUCUGGAGAAGCCUUGUGGAAGAAUGGAUAGGAUUAAGGAACAUAAGCAAAGUAGUGUAAAACUGUUCUAACAAAACGGAUAGUAUGGUUUGCUUGUAUAUUCUAACUUCAUUCCUUUUUAUUUCUCUCUAAGUUAUUUAUUUAAUAGGAUGUUAAAUAUCUUUUCGAUUUUGAAGUGUUUUCCUCAUUUGCUUCUUUGUUAUUUUCCCUUUUUCUCUGUACUUCACACAGAGGUUGUUAGGUUAAAAUGUCAAAACCUCAUAAGUACUCUGAGAAUAGGUAAUGGACAAGGCUUUAAAGGCAGAAUUUAAUGUGUAUAAUCCAUUUUUUCCUAAACUGUCUUGCACUUAAGCAAAAAGACCAAACAAGCAGUGCUUGGAUUUAUGGUACUGGAUGUCUCUAUGUUGGAGAGGGUUUCAGCACUCAAGAACAAACUUCAAGAAAUACUUUGUUCAAAGGGUCUUUCUGCUGUUUUGAAAUUUAGAGAAGGGGCCACAUCUGUACUUGGGUAUCAAUGCAUCUGUGCGUAUAUUCACCUGCCUUUGAUUUCAGUGUGGUUCUAAGACCUAGUACACUGCAGUCAGUGAGAGAUCUUGCAGCAAGCAUUGGGCUGGAACCUAGAUGUGGGCAGCCCUGUUAAAAUCACUGAAAUCACAAAUGUUAGAAUUAAGCAGGAUGUAAUGCCCAAGUGUAAAAUUUGGGCUCUGAAAGGUAAGUGAGAAGGCAACACAGUCCUGUAUUCCUUAGUUAAUACACCCAUUUGUCCUUGUUACCAGCUUGUAGAGUCACCGGCAUAUAGUGGGAGCAAUACCUAAAUAAGGACUGAGGGGUAGGAUCCAAAAUCAUUCUCAUGCAUUUAUCAGAGAUUAUUACUCACAUGUAUAUUAUAAAUGAGAGCCAACCAAAAAGCCGUGCUGGUGUCCAGCUUUAGCAUGCCUUUCAUAUCCAUCAUAGUAACUGAAGGCUCAAAAUACAUAAUAUCCAGCACAUUGUUAUGAAGUGUUACUAGUCCCAUGGCUUAACUUGAGCAAGUGCAGUAUAACGAAGUUAAGCAUAAUAUGAAGUCUGUUCAAUUAAAGGUACAUAAGGUUUGUUUUAUGUUUUGCUUUACUCUGUAAUUUUAGAGAGCUCUGGAUAGCUCAUCAGUGUAACCAUAUUGAGAUUCAUUUUGUUAGAGCAGGUAAAUAGAAAGCAGUACAUCAACCAACUUGUACCACUGUCUUCACAUUGUAUUCCACUAAAUAAAUAAAUAAGCCUUUGCAGUGUCUGUAGUAAGAAACAAAAGUAGUAUAAUAUUAUUUUGUUCUAAAUACUUUAAGUGAUAACUAUGAGAUUAUAUUGAUGCUGCAGUUUUAUCUUCGAUAUUUCUUGUUGUGAAAAAGUUGAUUUUAUUUUUAUUGUUUGGAAACUGUAUUUUGGUACAAAGGAGAGCCUUGCUUAAUGUGUCUUUUUGAGAAUGUUUAACCUCUAUAAAGGCUGAUGUUGUUGGGAUCUUCUAUAACUUAUUUAAGUCAAUGUUUAACCAGCACUUCAAUCUUAAUCUGUUAUUUAAAUAUUAGCUGUUUUAAAAAAGCAAAAAAGUAAUUUUCCCAUAAAAUACAAAAUGGUCAGAUUGUAUUUCCUGUCCUUAAAUAAAGUCAACUAUUUUAAAACCAGAAAGUCAUUUGAGACACAUUUUAGCUGAUAGCUAACGUUAUAUUUCGUGGACUUUAUCUCCAGCUUGCUUCUUAACAAAUGAGAUUUUUCAAAAAAGGGAAAUGAGAAUUUCAGAUUUGAAGUGUAAUUGUAGAUGAUUAGCAAAACUUCACCACCAUAAUAAAAGGGAGUUUCUGUUGUUUAAAAUUUGUACUCGAUAAUUAAAAAUGACAAGACACAGUGGACCACCCACAGUGAACAUUUAAUGUCUGCUUGGGCAAAUGUAGCAUUGGAUGACCACUCCAAGAACAUUUAGGGUAUAAAUGAGGUUCCUUUUGACAGAAAUACCAAGAUUACUUGGUCAGGGGAGCAAUUAUACAUAAACAGGAUUGAUUCAGUUUCAGGACUGAAAACACUGUGCUGCUCAGAGGCCAAAAAAGGAAAACGUGAGCAGCCAUUUGCGAUGUGAAUAGUGAUUUCUGAGAAUUAACCAAAAUAAAAAAUCCAUGAAGAAACUGAUAAUUCCUGCAUAACUGACAUAAUAUACUACCCACUAUGCUGGAAGCAAACUGCAGAUAGUCUAUCCAGAGUAUCACGGAUCCUAAAUCGUAAGCUCUGUUUUCUGGUACCCUCAGCAGAAGAGACUGCUGAGCAAAAGGAAAACAGGGAGAGGGAUUUGAAAAAGAAAAGGGAAACAAA